CACAUACACGCAGCAGAGUUGCGCAGUUGCAGAGUGAGCAGCGCAGCCAUUUCACGUUGUCCUAAAAUCUUUACAAACCGUCGGACGGAUUGAAUCGACCAAACAAGGAUUUUUCUUUCAGAGGAAAUAUUAUCCUAGUAUACUGAUAUAAACAAAACGUUUGAAUUGCAAAACGAUAUCUGCGCUGAGGAACGUUGCAAAACUUUACAAACCGAGUUACCGCGCAAGGUUUAGCGUGUUUGCUAGUGCCAGUAUCUCGGAUUAAUUUUGAAAUCCCAUACACGGUUUAAUUUUCAUUUAAGCGUAAGUUAGUAUAAAGAUGGGCACACCUCUAAGAAAUGAGUCGUCUGCAGGAAACUCCGCGCCUUUAUGCGAUGACCUCACAACUGCAACCGACUCGACUGCGAGCUUAUCUGCUGCACGAGCAGUACAGCAGGGAGAUCAACUAAAGGCCCAAGCUCCUGUUUUACUCUAUGUUAACAGUCCUAUAUCAUCACCAUUAGUUAACAACAAAGUCUCCAACAAAGUCCCACAAGGUGGACGAGGAACAGAGGCAGUUUCUACAACAUAUGAAUUUAGCCAUGAUGCCAUCGUACACCUCAUCGAAGCAAUGCAAAGGUGCCGAGAUAUUUAUAGCUCACGCGAGCGCGCGCUUCUCUUCCAGGGUGUUCAGAAAGAGCUGGAGAAUCUUGGUCACUCCAUACCUGUAGAGAAGAUUCGCCGUAAAUGGAAUAACCUCCUUGUUACGUACAAGAGGGUUAAAGAUCGAAGCUCAUUGUGUGGACCCUCCACAAAGACUUCAUGGGAGUACUUUGAAAUGAUGGAUAAUGUUUUAGGGCAGAGCAAUGUUCUUCAGGAAAGCCCUACUUCAGCCACUCUUGUUGGAUUUGCGACCCCAGCUAAAGCAGGUGCAAAGUCGGAUGUACGUCCAUCUAACAGCGUGGCUGCAAUGACCACCCCAUGUCUGCUUCCCACUGGCCUCAUCACAACAACUUCCCAGAUCCCUACAAUGAUGACGUCUCCAAUGCUGUGCAAAGUUACCCCUAAAAUAAACCCCAAUCCCUCUUGUAGCACAGACACAGCCUCCAUCUCAUCUAAGCCUGCUUCACUGGUUAGCCGCCAGCCACUGAAACGAAAAUUAAAGCAUCUUCGGCUCAACUCAUUGGCUAAUCGUGCGGCCCAGCAGCAAGGGCAGGCUGGGGAACGCACUUCACUUCUUCGUAAUUUUCUCACCAGUCAAGAAGAGCGUACGGGUUUACAGGAGCAACGUCAGCGCAAGAUAGAUGCACGAGAGCGACGCAAGGAGAAAACCGCACGCGCCAUGGCCGAUGCGAUGGGAACGAUGGCAGCGGCAGUGGAGUUGAUCUCAUCCAAGCAGGAUACCAUUAUUGCUUUACUUCAGAGACUGGCUGAUAAGCAUUAAGGGGGAAAAUUACCCUCCUGUUUCUCUUUUACUCAUUACCUUGAUAACUAAAUGGAGUUUCAUUUAAUUUUAAUAAGGUUUGAAGUGUAUAAAUGCCGUCUAAUUUUUAAGUACUCAUCAAGUCUGCAUUGUUUAUUUGAAAUCAUGUUGCCCGUUUCAAAUGGUUAAGCAAAACCUAAAAAUCAUAUGUUUUUAAUUCAAUAACAGUAUGUCUUAGAAAAACUGAAAUUAAUUUUAGGUAAUUGUCUUUAUUAACUACAUUACUGCUUCUCGCAUUUUAGCAUACAUUUCACAUGUCUGUUUGUUUUUCUAAAUAAAAAAGUGUUUUUCUUAGUAAA